AUGUCAAAUAAUACAACAAUUGAAAAGAUUAAAGGUUCACAACAAGAACCAGAGAAAGAUGAAGGUUCAAUUAGAUAUCUAGGUUAUUUUAAUAGAAUUAAAAAUCUUGUAAAAGCUUCAAAUAGAGCUUUAGCUUAUGCAAGUGAAGUUGGUGAAUCUUUUAGACCAAUUGCUCAUCCAAAAUUGGUUACUUUUAUGUAUGGUGUUUCUUGGGCUUAUAUAAUUGGGGAUGUUUCUUAUGCUGCUUGGGUUACAAAUAUGCAAUCUCAAGGUAAAUAUAUCCCCGGUUUAAAACCUUGGGAUCCAGAACCAAAAUCAAACGAAGUUGCAGCAAAAACUUUUUUAUCUGAACAUUCUUUAGUUGAUUCUGAUUGGAGAUUAACAGCUAUUAAAAGAGGUGUUUUCCAAAGUAUUGCUUCAAUGGCUUUACCUGCUUUUACAAUUCAUACUGCUGUUAAUUAUUCCUCCAAAUUAUUAAAAAAUUCAACUAUAAAACCAUUGAAAAUGUAUGCUCCAAUUGCAAUUGGUUUAGGUAUUGUUCCAUUUUUACCAAUUAUGUUUGAUGAACCUGUUGAACAUUUAGUAG